CACCGCCUUCCUAAUUUCAACGUGGGAUUAUGUUUUGCAGACAUUUGGUUACAAAGAAAUACACAGGACUUGGUUGGUGUGUGAAGGCAAUACCGAUUUAAAAAGAGACCUCCAGUUUUUCAAGAACUCACUGUUCUUAACUACUACUAAGAGAGUACCACAGUUAUGUUCCCUCUGCGUGCAGCCAUCUUGGCUGUAUUGGUCAGCGUGGCUCUGUGCCAGGAUGACUAUGACUACCGUCCUCCUUCCAUGCUAGGACCUUCAGGGCCCAACUGUGAUCCAGAAUGCGAUUGCCCGAUCCAUUUCCCCACCGCCAUGUAUUGUGACAGCCGCAAACUCAAGUUCGUCCCCACGGUCCCAACAGGGAUCAAGUACCUGUACCUCCAAAACAACCAGAUAGAAGAGAUCAAAGCAGGGGCCUUUGAUAAUGUCACUGGUGGACUCCGCUGGCUGGUACUUGACAACAACCAGAUUACCAAUGCCAAGAUACAAAAGGGCACAAUCGACAAGCUCACCGUCCUGGAGAAGCUAUUCUUCAGCCACAACAACCUGACAGAGCCAGUCAUCCCUCCCUCAAAGUCUCUUGAUGAGCUGAAGAUGAUGCAUAACCAGAUAUCCAAGUUCCCCGCUGGACUCUUGUCCGACAAAGAGAACUUAACUUCCAUUCACCUUCAGCACAAUCAGCUAAGUACCGAGGCCAUCGGGGGGGCAUUCAAAGGGUUGAAGAGCCUGGUGUCUCUAGACGUGAGCCACAACAAGCUGAAAAAGCUGCCAGCCGGAGUCCCAAGUUCGCUGGAAAUCCUCUACGCCGACUACAACGACAUCGACGGUAUCGGUGCAGGAUACCUGAACAAGCUGACCACGCUGCGGUACCUGAGGAUCGCCCACAACAAGCUGGUGGACUCGGGAAUCCCUGCUGGGGUGUUCAAUGUAACAUCGCUGGUGGAGUUGGACCUGUCGUUCAACAAACUUCAGUCCAUCCCAGAGAUCAACGAGCAACUGCAGCAACUCUAUCUGCAAGCCAACGAGAUCAACAAGUUUGAACUGACAAGUUUCUGCAAGCUCGUCACAACUGUCAACUUUUCCCACCUGAAGCAUCUGCGUCUGGAUGCCAACCAAAUCACAUACAGUAGCAUGCCCCCUGAAUACUCCAACUGCCUGCGCCACGCUUCAGAAAUCAUAUUUGAAUAAGGACUUCCCUCAAAUCAAUAACCUCGCCACGAUCUCCUUCUCCACUAGAAAAACGCAGAUCAGCCCAAAGCCUUCUGAGUUUGAAUGGCGUAAUAUCCUUCUUGUCAUAGUGUCUUUGUGUUUAAGUAGUAUGCAGAUCUGAGGUAGUGUAUUGGCAUCUUUAUCAAUUAAAUGUACAUCCUGAAUGAAUUGAGAUCUGGGCCAAUUUAAGAUUGCUAAAUUCAUCAGGCGUCAAACAAGUGUUUUUAACUGACUCUAAAAAGAGGGAAGAAAAUAUGAAAACGUACCAAAAGUUAUGUGAAUAUAAAUGUGAUCACAUACAUUGAUUAAAAACACACACUUUACACAUUCCAUCUUGUAUUGAAGACACAGUAGAGUAAACAAUGGCUCCAAUGUCUCAACUCAGUUGUCGUUAUUUGUCGUUGUCGUUAUUUUUUUGUCUGUCUUUUCAGUUCCAAUGUUUAGCAUGUUUAAUAAAAGGUGGGUACAAUAAUAAAUCCAUUGCUGUGCAAAGGAGCAGCAAAUAAGGACUGCGUACUCAGAUUUCAGUGUAUAAUGCUUAAUGUAAGGAAUUAUAAAUACACGUACAAUAGUAUUUACAUAGAAGUCACAUUUGUCAACAUCUUGAAGUGGUUUUCAAGAAAAUACCAUCGUUAUUUACUUGUUUCUGCCAAUGUAUGCCAUCUUUAAAGAGGGUGCCUUGUUCCAACUACCAUGAUGUUGACGUGUUGACCUGAAGUGUUGACAUAUACGCAACUGAAAAAUGUUUUAUGGGAAAUAACUCCUUCAAUUCCUUAAGGCAACUGAGCUGUUCCUGAAGUACUUGGUGUUAAAGGUUUAAUAAAUGACACUUGAUUAAAAUACAUUGGUAGCAUCCUUGAAACAAACCUUGAGAUGAUGGAUGGUGUUUCUAAGGAAUCACAACUUAAACGGUUUCCUUAAUUAAUUCCUAGCUUUCAACUUAAUUGUGCAUUGCUGAUUUGUAUACAUUUCUAUUAAUUGCAUGCAACCAAUGGUACCCUUCUUUCAUAAUAAACUACAGCUUUUGCAGUUGA